AUGAGUAACCGGAACAAUGCGUUCAAGGUGAUAGUUGUGGGCGGAGGCCCGGUAGGACUCGCAGUUGCCCAUGCCCUUCACCUGGCUGGCAUUGACUUCCUGGUCCUGGAGCGCAGGCCUGCCAUUGUGGAAGACAAAGGUGCCAGCCUCAUCGUUCAUCCUCACACCUUACGGGUUUUGCAUCAAUUCGGUGUUCUAGAGAAGUUGCUACCGCGGGGUGCCGAGCUGCAUCACCAUCUGUCGUUUACUGCCGAAGGACACGUUUUUAAGGAGGGUACUCAAUAUGCCCAAAUACGCGAGAACCAUGGUUGUGGACCGGUUGCCUUCCACCGUGCCGAAUUAAUCGAGACUAUGUACAAGUGUCUACCGCCUGUUGCGAGAGAAAAAGUCUUAACGGACAAGAAAUUAGUCGACAUCAAAAUGAAGCCGGAUGGGGUGAAAGUGACCUGCGCAGAUGGCAGCGCUUUUGAAGGAUCGAUCAUUAUCGGUGCCGACGGCGUCCACAGCAAAACUCGCCAGUUAAUGCGCACACUCGCUCUUAAGACAAACCCCACACGAUCCUGGGACUCCGAGCAACCCUAUACAGCAACCUACCAGCUGCUAUACGGUUCAUUUCCCUCAUCCUCUGCAUCAGGUUUCGGGUAUGACAUCCAGGCUAAGGACAAGGCUAUCAUGUACUUCAGCAGUCCGGACCGCGGAUGGUUUUUCUUGUAUAAGAGGCUACCGAAACCUACACAAGAGCGCACGAAUUACACCAACAAGGACGUCGAGUCCGUGGCCAAUGAGUUUUUGGAGUUUCCCCUGACAAAGACCGUGAAGGUGAAAGAUGUCUGGCCACGGAUGUUAGGGGCGGGUCUAACCAACCUGGAAGAGGGAAUCGUCCAACACUGGAGUCUAGGAAGAGUUGUGCUUGUAGGUGAUGCAUGUCAUAAGAUGACUACGCAUCUGGGGCUUGGAUUCAACAAUGGUGUUCAAGAUGUGGUCGUACUCUGCAACAGUCUUCGGAAGGCAAUCAAUGCAGCUCCUAACGGAAACCCAAGCUCCAGUGGCCUCACAGAGACUUUUGAGAAGUACAAGGCAACUCGAAUGAGCUCCGAAUGCUCACUCAAGGGCGAUGUUUGGAAAUCUGGGUUUGAGACCCGUAUGCACGCCUGGCACAAUACAUGGUACUACAUUCUAUCUCGGUAUUUAGUUCUUCCUCACUGGACGGAGGGCGUGGUCAUGCGGUACAUUAUGGCGCCUGAGUUUCGCAAAGGACAGAUUUUGGAUUUUGUUUCAAAGGAAGAGCCGAUGAAAGGUUUGAUCAGCUGGUUGUAUCCAAUGAAGGCUUAG